CAAGGCAGGCAACCGAUGAUCACGUCCACUUGUUUCGAAAUUCGCUGUGUGACAAUUAGCAGUACGAGUACUUGUAGUAGAUCUACGAAGUUCAGGGUGACCACAGUUAGUUUAGUUGCUUUGUCAGGAAUGCUAAUGGUAUACAGACUCAGUAGAGCAGAGUAGCCAACAUGGAUUCCUCAAAUCGGACAAGAGCAUACCAGCUGUUGGUGCUUGUCCUGACUUUCCUUUCGUACAUGACUUUCCACAUGUCACGAAAAGCCAUCAGUGUUGUGAAGACGACUUGGUAUCCGUCAGAUUGCAUAUGGCCAGGCAGGAACGGUACACAAUCUGUAGUAUGUGGAGGUAGUCUUCCUACAACCGUUUGCCAACCAUGGAUGCCGUUUGACAGUGAAAGCAAGCUGGGAGAUUUAGACUUUGUUUUCCUUUUGGGAUAUGCAUUUGCCAUGUUUGUCAGUGGCCACAUUGGUGAUCGUUUCAACCUGCGAUAUUUCCUAUUUGCUGGAAUGUUGCUAAGUGGUAUAUUCACAAGCAUGCUUGGACUGGCCUAUUUCUUCAACAUCCACAGCUUUGCAUUCUUUGUCGUUGUUCAGUUAUUUGGUGGAAUUGUCCAGUCAACGGGAUGGCCCAGUGUUGUCGCAGUGAUGGCAAACUGGUUUGGCGUAGGCAACCGAGGCUUCAUCCUGGGCCUCUGGAACUCUCACACGUCUCUCGGCAACAUCAUUGGAGCAAUUAUACCCGGAAUCUGGGUGCACAACGCAUGGGGCUGGUCGUUCAUCGUGCCUGGAAUCAUCAUCGCCUUGAUGGGCGUAGUUGUUCUACUGUUUUUAGCUGUGGACCCAGCUGAUGUUGACUGUCCACCUCCAGAGCAGCAUACAAGUACAGCUGGCACAGGCUCACACAGGCCGGCCCGGCCUAUUACCACUAUGACCGCUGAGCAAGGCGAGAAAAGGUCACUUUUACCCGUAGCCACAACAGACAGUGAUCUUGGCGAGGCUUCCGCAGAUCUUAGAGGCAGUACGCGGACGCCCGCUGCUGUUGGGUUCAUAGCUGCACUGCGCAUCCCCGGUGUGUUGGAAUACUCACUUUGUCUCUUCUUCUCGAAGUUCAUGAACUACAUCUUCUUGUACUGGAUGCCAAAGUAUGUGCGAGAUGUCUGUGUAGACGGCCACUCUUUAUCCGAGGAGCAUUCUGCAUUCUACUCGUCCUUGUUUGAUGUCGGUGGUAUUAUCGGUGGUGCUACGCUUGGUUAUGUGUCUGACCGCACUGGCGCCUCAGCAAUACCUUCUGUGCUUAUGCUUCUAUUGGGCAUACCAUCUCUGUACAUCUUCAACACGUAUGGCGGCCAUAGCCUGGGUGCUUUGCUGGGCUUAAUGGCAUUGACUGGUGCACUGCUGAAUGGUCCGUAUUCACUAAUCACAACGGCUGUGGCUGCAGAACUAGGCACACAUGAAGUGCUGGGUGAAAAUCAAAAGGCCAAAGCAACUGUGGCAGCCAUUAUUGAUGGUACAGGCUCAAUCGGUGCUGCCAUUGGUCCGUACGUGGUUGGUGUUGCGCUACAAGAUGCAACCAACCCUUGGCCAAUCGUGAUCAAUACCUGUAUGGCUGCCUCACUGCUUUCCGCCCUCUUCCUUGUCAGAGUAUGUAGGAAAGAGGUGUCUCGCCUCCGUGCUGCCUGUCUAGCUAAGCAAUCCUGAACAAUGCAAUGCUGAACAGUAUCCAGCAAAACACCGACAUGAACAAGGAGAAAAACCAUUUGUGACAUUGGAAACUGCACGCCAUUGUGUGACUCCUUGCCCUACGGUGUACUUGCAUAUAGCAGCUCUACCCGACCAGUGCUACAGUUCUGGCCAGAGAGAUCCAAUCUCAUGAAUACAGCAGUGCCGCACAUUCAAGUACACACUGCAUAGUCUGUGUACUGCUAGCUGGGUCGGUAUUGCCUGGCACUAUUCAACAGGGCGGACUGGGUCGGUAUUGCCUGGCACUAUUCAACAGGGCGGACUUCUCUGGCCGGUAUUGCCUGGCACUAUUCAACAGGGCCGGUAUUGCCUGGCACUAUUCAACAGGGCGGACUUCUCUGACCAGUGCCGCCAUACAUGUAGUACCGUGCACUUGCGUAGCAGUAGAUCAGUAGUGACAGAUCUACCCGAUCCGAUCAGUGUCACUGCCAUCACCACUUAUCAAAGUCCUUCAGAGUAGAUGGCAAGUAUGCGGCCCAGGAACUAAGGACACCAUAUCUAACUUAUUACCGUACACAGGAGGCAGAACGAGCCUUCAUCUUUGCCUCUCGAGUUUCAAACUAUGCGAUUCUCGGGCUUUUUUCGUACAUUUCUUUUUUAUUCAACUAGCCGUGUCUUGCCUAUCUGCAUGUUGACACGAACAGCGUUUAUUGGCGUUGAAGAUCUUUGCUGGGAACUUGUGGCGAGGCACAAGGCCCUUGCGAGUACAUGGGUGCAGCUAAUGGGGUUUCCAGCACUUGUGCCAGUGCUUGUAAGACGUAUCCCGUCACCCCACCGUUAGGCGCUGCAUCUGCCGCUGGGUUUUCUGGGUGUUGUAGUCCUUCGUGAGUUCCCUCUGGAACAGGGACAGACAUUUACUUCCUAUUUCUUUUUCUUAUCUUUGCAGCCACAUACGCCAUUUAGACUGUGAGAACAUACUACUGAUAUGAACCAGGCAGUCGUAAAAUAUUUUAUGACUCCCUGAUAUGAACUCUAUUCCAUUGUUUUAAAAAUGUUUUAAUUUUUGUGACACGAAGCACGCAAGUAUCCAUUCUGCCCCGGAAGCAGAGCAACUAUCAAACAUGAACUUCAGUCACGCAAUACAUACAUGUACAUGCAUGCCUGGGCAUGUGCUUGAGGUACCGUAUACAACUGUGUGCUUGCAGGAUAGAGUUGCAUUGACAUGUAUACUUGAACAAACAACUUUAUUCGUGGCUAUAUUUGACAUGCUUGAUGUUGAUCAUGCGAAACAGCUUUUCCAUUAUCAAUCCCGUCAUCUCUCCACUGGCACAAUGAAUUCGGUUCUAUUAUUUUUGUGGCAUUUCUAUCAUUUUUGUUAUUCAAUCAAAUUAUCGGCCAGAAGCCAUCAUCGGAGAAGCUACAGUGUCGACAUACAUGUAUCAAACAACUCAAAGUGGAAUGA